AUAUUUUUGUGCCUCGUCUUGCCGCUCUACGUGGAGAACGGAUACCCAAAUAUUGGCGCGUUCGCUUCCGCCUUAUCUGCUCUCUUCCUCCCUCCCUCUCUCACUCAUAUCUUUAUCUCUCUGGUAUGGUGAUGGAGAGUUUGCUAGCGAAAGCACUGAUGUCUAUCAGCGGCCUUUCAUUCCUUCCAAGACUUGGGGCUUCGGAGGAUGCUAGGGUUGGAAAUACUCUUGCUAAGGAGUUGAGUAGUCAAAUUCCUAUGAAAAUUAGCUGUAGAGUGCCGAAGAGGAUUUUUCUUCUGGGAUCAGUUGGAUUAAGUUCUGCACUAUUAUAUAAGUGCUCCACCAUUGCUGAGCCGUUGGCAGAGAUGGCAGAUACUGAGACAAUCCGGCCAAGAAAAAUGACCAGCGGAGUUAAAUUUCUAGACAUGAUCGAAGGAAUGGGACCUGAAGCUCAUGAAGGGGAUUUGGUCAAGGUUAAUUAUGUUUGCCGGCGUUCAAAUGGAUAUUUUGUACAUAGCACCGUAGAUCAAUUUACUGGUGAAAGCAAUCCGAUAAUACUUCCUUUAGAUGAUAAGAUUAUUAAGGGCUUGAAGGAGAUUCUAGUUGGCAUGAAGGUUGGAGGGAAGAGGAGAGCAGUGAUACCACCUAAUGUUGGAUAUACAAAUGAAAACUUGCAACCAAUACCGGAUGAGUUUGGGCAUCGAAGGAGAAUUCUUUCACAUUCGAAUGAGCCGCUCGUGUUCGAAGUUCAACUCUUGAAAAUUCUGUAAACUUUGGCCUGGCGUAUACAUCUACAAUUUCUUUGUAUAUUCCUUUUGACCUGACCAACUGUAAGAUUUAAAUCCUUAUUGAAGGCCAUGUGAUUUUUCUUUUGUUUUAAAAAUUCUUCAACCUCUUGUCGAUCGCAUUGAGGCUGAUUUCGUACUGGGAUAUACAUCUAUGGUUUAUUUUGUGGAUUCCUUUUGGCCUAGUAAACUGUAAAACUUAAAUCGUUAUUGAAAGCCAUGUGAUUUAUUACUGUUAGAAAA